CACUUGCUGGCUGAUAUAUUCUUCCCACUGACAGGAGCCCUGAUAACCAGAUAAUCAGUGUUAUUCACUUCAGCUGUCAGUGGUCUGAAUGUUAUGGCUGAUCGGUGUAUAUUGGUGCAUUACAAUUGUGUGUCACUCCACAUGUUUUCUAUAAAAUGCCUUAUUAUUAUUAUUACUAUUAUUAAGAUCUGUGAAAAAGUGGAACUGGCUCAUGUAAAAAGACAAAAGCACUCUGUUUUUUUUAACACAGAUUUCAUUCUACAGAAAAAAGGAAGAAGGUGAAAAAGGGAAGGGCAAAUUUCCUGAAUCUCAAAACUUUCCUUGGUGUGGUCAUACAACUUAUUUAACCACCAAACCCACAACUGUUUUUAAUAGAACAUUAUUUUUAAUGUCUUCCCAAAAUCUGUCACCACGCUGAUUCAUAUAUUUUGGUUAAACAAAAAUUAAAAAGAUAUUUAAAUUGAAUUUGCCAAAAUGUUGUCAGAACAAAAUGCAAACUUAACCACCCCAACUUUAAACUUUACAACCCCGAUCCCUGGUGGUGGUAGAGGCGGUGGCUGCCCUCCAGUUGGUAUUCAACUGGAGGGUGUGAUCCUGCCCCCAGUCCUCACCAUUGACGUAAUACUGGGGCUGUUGGGAAACAUAGUUGCCCUGUGGAUCUUCUGCUUUAAACUGAAGGCCUGGAACCCCAACAACCUAUUCCUCUUCAAUCUGGUUAUUGCCGACUUCUUGGCUCUGGUGAGUCUGCCGCUGAGGAUUGAUGCCUUGCUCAGGGGCCACUGGGUGUUUGGAGAUGGUUUGUGCCGGAUCAACCUCUUCCUGAUGUUUUCAAACCGCUCAGCCAGCAUCGCACUCAUGACUGUGGUGGCAAUUUACCGCUACUUUAAGGUGGUCCACCCUCACCACCGGUUCAACCGUAUGACCAAGCGGCAGGCUGCGUUCGUGUCUCUAUUUGUCUGGCUCCUGGUGAUCAGCCCCCGGGUUCCCAUGCUUGCUUACAACCACAUCAAGAACAGCGGCAACACCACCCAGUGCUUCUUCUUUACUUCUUACAAAGAGGCGUCGCGGGCGAUAAUCAUCCUGGUUGGCAUGCACCGGAUCCUGACGGUGCUGGAGUUCAUCAUCCCGAUGGCCAUGUUGCUGUUCUGCUCUAUCCGGAUCUCCAGCUUCCUGAAGGAGCGACAGAUGGGAAAACCAGACAAGGUGCGAAAGGCAAUGCGAGUGUGUGCCGUCAUCGUUGCAGUGUUCAUGGUGUGCUUCUUACCCACCACGGUGACAACUAUUGGGGUGUGGGUCAUCCGCUCCUAUCGCCCGUGGGACUGCACCUCCUUCUACACUUUUACCCAGCUCACCAUUGUGUCUUUGGGGCUGAAUUUCCUGAACUCGGCCCUGGACCCAGUCGUCUACGUCUUCUCUAGCUCCAUGUUCAGGAAGGCCCUUUUCAGCUCACUGCCCCGCGCCCUGUGCUGCAAGCAGGACACAAGUGAUGGCGAGAAUGCAGCGUCCUCGUCAGGAAGUCAGUCGACCACCCAGCAGGAACUGAAAUCGAUGAGGGCCGACAGAGAGAGCGAGGCCAUGUGAUAAGCUCUUCUGGAUCAAGCAACGCUAAGAAAAAGUGUCUAAUCCUGUUUGAAUAGUCUUCAUUUUUGUGAUAUAUUUUUUUGUGGGUGAAUUUGUUUGUUUGUUGAUGUGUUGAAGCUUUGUUUACUUUUGGGAUCAGUGUUAAUACAUCAAUACAUUUUCAUUAUGACCAUGUAUUAAAUGUGGACUCCAGUUAUACAUGUGGUUGGACUAGUGCUGGGCCUUUAUAUGGGUUUAAAGUGUCAGGAGCACAUAAAAUAUAAAAACAUUCAUCAUGUAUAUACUAAAUGUUGUAGUUACUACAGGUUUUUUUUAGCUACACAUAAUGAUACAACAUAUGAAGGAAUCAGAUUGCAUGACUCUUUUAUAGAAUCUAAAACAAUUUAUAUUGUGCAGUGUGCAACGUCAUAAAAACAGAAGUUAAACAAAAUAUUUUAAAAGGAUUGUAUAAACACUAUAAACUCCAAACUCAAGUAUUCAAAGAGAUAUCAAAUAUUCUAUUGGACAAGAUUAGUUAGAGCAGUUGUUUCAGCUGUGCACCAGUACAGCGGUAUAUAAACAUGUCAUUAUCAUACAGGAAAUAAUAAUAAAGUUAAAUAGAAGCAUGCUUGUCCUUGAAGUGAGUUCUGUCAUUUGAAUGGUUUCCGGGGUUGAAAGCAAGCACAAUUAGUUGAAUGAAAAUAAUAAAAAAGACUACAACAACAA